AUGGGUAAAACAGCAGUCCACCGUUUAAAGAUUUGUAGGCCCGAGGAUAGUUAUCUAAGGGCUGCUGACAAUUACCUAAUUGAAAUUUCUGCCUUGGGGUUGUCAUUAAUUCAUCAUCAAUCGGUUACAAUAAGUUUCUUACCUCAGAUUAAGACCUAUCAAUUGCUCAUUAGAGAAGCUGUCUUGCAAGUGGCUUUGAGCUGUCUUAAUCACCAUCUAUCAUCUCAGCUGUCUUGCAAGUGGCUUUUAGUUUGCAUUGUUUCAUAUCAAGCUUCACAUUCCAUUGAUGAUACUUGUUACUGGCAAUCGAUUUAUACGGCAGUGUCUCAUCUCCAAGUCUUUUACUUUAUGGGGAUGCCAACAUUGUCACGCUUUGGCAGCUCAUUUCUUUCCUCGUCACUUACUCGGAGACAUACUCCUGAAAUAUUACCUUCUUUGAACGAACCCCUCAUACCUGCAGCAGAGGAUGAGAAGAUGCCCCAACAAAGAUGUAGUUCCCGUUCUCUGCUUCCACCUACAUCGUUGAGGAAGCCGACCGGCAUAAAGAAAGUAACUCCUGAUGAAAAAGCCUCCAAGGUUUCACGUGAACUCCCAAUUUCCCGACAGAGCUCAUAUGGCUAA